AUGAUCGCAUCCGAAUUGAACAACACACACACGACACAACAAACAUCUCUGUCAUCACUACCCGGUCUGCGUCGCCCAGACUACGAGGGGGACGAAUUUGAUGAUUGUGCCUCUUACUACUCGCUUUCUGAGCUUUCAGAGACAGACCCUGUCCGUCGAGUACCAGCCGUAGAAGUGCGCCGACAAGCCCUUGCAGUUCCCCCGCGGCCCAAACAGGAUUGUAAAUAUCCGGAACUGCUUCGAAAUGACGAGGCAAUGCCACUUCAAGUCCCUGGACCUUGGCUAGAGUAUCCGUUGGUCGCAACGGACCGGUACAUUUCCGGCAUACCUGGUCCAGCGCGGGUAGUUAUUAGUGCGGGUGAUUAUGCAGGAUGUGAUGUGAUCUAUCAUCCGAUCUGGAGCCGGACGAAGUUUAGGCACGCAAACUAUCGUCCUCGUGGAUACCAGCGUUUGUUUUCGGGUUAUUUCGAGACCGAGUAUCCCCACCCAAUAUGUCCGUCGAUGACAACCAAUGGGUAUCCCAUGCCCUGCCAUUCUGGUUACGCGGGUGCCCAAGACUUUGAGUGGCAGUGCCAGGUGUUUGACCAAGCCCCGUGGCUGACGCCUGAAAGCCAGUGGGCGCAGCCUUACCACGGCAUGCAACUACCACAGUACGAGGAAAUUUACAACCCGUACAUGGCACAACCAUUAUCCUACAUUCAAGCUGCCUGA